CACGGCACCCGAGUUCACCGCACUUCAGCUCUACUCUGUUUAUCCACCGUGGAAAAAGAGGGGGAGGAAUGAGCGGGUGAAUGAAUGAGAGUUCUUUAUUCCCCCUAUUCCUAACUCCCCUUUCCUGUGCCAAAAUUGCUUCCUUGCCUCCUCUACCUUUCUCUUUCCCGUCCAUCUCUCUCUCUCUCUCUCUCGUCUUUUUUCUGUUGUUUUUUGUGAGCUUCACAUGUGAAUUCCUCCGCCUGCCUGUCUGAACAAGGAGACGUGGUAAAUGCCGAGGGCCAGUACGAGAAGAAUAGAAAACGAGGGGACGAAAACAGAGGGUGAAAGAGUGCAGCAGGUUUGAGGAGGGAUCCCGAAGCUCUGGGCUUCUUUCGGGUGGUGUGCUGGUGGUGCUGGUAUGGAUGCCAUCAUGCUGCAGGAGAAGCUGGUAGAAAGGCUGCUCUGUGCCCGAGGCAGGACCACUCGACAAAAGGACAAGCAGUAUGUCGGCUUUGCUACACUCCCAAACCAGGUCCACAGAAAGUCAGUGAAGAAAGGCUUCGACUUUACUCUUAUGGUAGCAGGUGAAUCCGGUCUGGGCAAGUCUACUCUAGUCAACAGCCUUUUCCUCACAGACCUCUACAAGGACAGAAAGUUACUAAAUGCAGAAGAGCGUAUUAAUCAGACAGUAGAGAUUACCAAACACACUGUGGAUAUUGAGGAGAAAGGUGUGAAGCUCAAGCUCACCAUCGUGGACACACCAGGGUUUGGAGAUGCUGUCAACAACAAUGAGUGCUGGAAGCCCAUCACUGACUACAUUGAUCAGCAGUUUGAGCAAUACUUCAGGGAUGAAAGUGGACUCAACCGGAAGAACAUAUUGGAUAACAGAGUGCACUGCUGUCUCUAUUUCAUACCACCGUUUGGACAUGGUUUAAGGCCAGUAGAUGUGGAAUUCAUGAAGGCUCUGCAUGAGAAGGUGAAUAUUAUUCCCCUCGUGGCUAAAGCGGAUUGUCUCACUCCGAAUGAGAUAAAGAAGCUGAAAGACCGGGUGCGAGAUGAGAUCGAGCGGUUUGGGAUUAAAGUGUAUCAGUUUCCUGAGUGUGACUCUGAUGAGGAUGAGGAGUUUAAACAGAUGGAUAAAGAGCUUAAGGAGUGUACUCCAUUCGCUGUUAUUGGUAGUAACACAGUAGUGGAGGCAAGAGGACAAAGAGUGCGAGGACGCCUCUAUCCUUGGGGAAUUGUAGAAGUGGAGAACCAGUCUCACUGUGACUUUGUGAAGCUGAGGAACAUGCUGAUCCGCUCUCACAUGCACGACCUGAAAGACGUGACCUGUGAUGUACACUACGAGAACUACAGAGCCCACUGUAUACAGGAGAUGACCAGUAAACUUGCACAGGACAAUCGCAUUGACAGUCCUAUUCCCAUCCUGCCACUGCCCACUCCAGACGCAGAGACAGAGAGACUUAUCAAGAUGAAGGACGAGGAGCUGAAGAGGAUGCAGGAGAUGCUGGAGAAGAUGCAGCAACAGAUGCACGAGAAGGACACAUGCUGAUCACACACACACACACACAUAUACAACACACAAACCUCACCACAUACAGUACAUCCAAGUGAGCAAACACCAAUAUAGACAGACAGACAGACAUGUCUCUCUUAAUAUCCUAUACUGUAUACUCUCCCAUGUGAAUGAAUACAAAUGCUCAUAUAUGUAUUAUACCUGCAGACAGUGGCUCAGACUCGUACACUGUAUAUUUACAGAAUGAUUUGCUCGGUGCUUCAGAGCCCUUGCCUGGCAAGUACAAAUGUGAUGCAGCUAUUUAAUGUUUCAUAUGUGUUUACGCCAAUGUGAGUACAGCUAACAUGGGUAAUAUAAUGUAAUAUUAAUUUAAAUUAAAUUGAUUUUAGAUGUAUCUAAUUUAUAUUUACUUGAUUUUGGGUUUUUUUAACGCUUAGCUAGACGAAUGUGCAAAAAGGUGUUUUGUAAUGCCGUUUUAGCCGAACUGUUGGUUUGAAUGUGGAAUGGAGUGUGAGAGUGUGUGUGCGUGUGAAUGUGUGUGUGUUUGAAGAAAUAUACUUUUAUGAUGAAACCCUUUUAUUCCUGUAAGCUGCUUAACUGCAGUCUUGGCUUUUUAUAGUGCUAGCUCUCAGUGAAUGUAGACGUACAGUGCAGGGUAUUGUUAUGAAUAAAUACGACUAAAUCAAA